UUAAUCAUUGUGUGUUGUGUGUUAUUUAAAACCAGAUAUUCUCAACCUUGCUCCUCAGAACGGAAAACGUUUGUUCUUAUUUGCUUUGCUGAUACAUAUAACAUGAGCAAUUUGUAUAAAUCUUUGAAAGAGACUUUUAAGUCAUUCAUUUUGAAAUUGAAGUCAAUAAAAUUCUCGAAUAGUCCGCCCCUCUGCAAGCACAAAAAGAACAAAAUGGAGCUAGAUGUCUUGGUAUUUGGUUCAUCAAAUAUUGACUAUAUUACCUAUGUUAAUGAUCUGCCCAGAUCGGGAGAAACUGUGUUUGCCAUGCACCGGGAACGUUGCUAUGGGGGCAAGGGGGCCAAUCAGUGUGUGGCUGCUGCCAAACUGGGUGCCAGAUGCGCCCUAAUCUCCAAACUGGGCAACGAUAAGCUAGGCGCAGAAUACUUAGAAUAUCUGAGGGAACUAGAGAUCAAUGUGGAUCACGUUGAAAUGAUGGAUGGCCAGUCGACGGGCCUGACUGAAAUCAAUGUGGCUGAAAAUGCCCAAAAUAUGAACAUUGUGCUAUCCGGCGCAAAUCUGAUGCUAAAAGCCACCGAUGUCAGCAACGCGAAAAAACUAUUCAGACACUCAAAGGUUCUACUCUGCCAGCUAGAAACAGACGAGAAGGCUGUCCUCUACGCACUAAAUCAUUUCAAGGGCGUGUCCAUACUGAACGCCUCGCCAGCACACACAGACAUGAAUUUGGAGCUGAUCAGAGCACCAACGAUUCUCUGCUGCAAUAGAUUAGAGGCGGCGCAGCUAACCAACCGAGAGCAAGUCGACACAUUGCAGGAUGCCAAAGCAGCGGCUACUGAUCUGAUCGAGAUGGGUGCCAAUAGCGUGAUCAUUACCAUGGGCGAUAUGGGGGCCGUUUACUUGUCUAGUAGUGAGCCCGAUUUGUGCACUCAGUGUCCGGCAGCACCAGUACGUUAUUUGGCGGAUACUUCGGGUGCGUCCGACGCGUUUUUAGGUAGUUUAGCCUAUCACAUAUCAAUCUAUCCAAAUUUGAUACGAGAGAGUCACAUCAUUGCUGCUAAUAUCUGUGCCGCCUAUGCGGUUGGUCAUCGCGGCACUCAGCCCAGCUUCCCGGGCCCAGAACUGUUUCAGGAGCGCCUAUGCCAGUUCGAUCCUUUGUACUAUAUAAUUGACGACAAUACUGGCAGAGACCUAAAUGCAGGUGUACCAGCCGACAUAACGGCAACGACGCCUGAGGCAGCAACUGCAGCUGCGCCAAUUGUUGCUCCAAUACCUGCGGCAGCAGCAACAACAUCGCCAGAGCCAAUGACCGUGGCAGACGAAAUACCAGCGGCACUGGCAGACCCAAGAGCGACGGGAUCGCCAGCGGCAAUGAUAGUGUCAGCAGGAGUGGCAAUCCCUGCGGCAGUGACAGCGGCAAAGACAACGCCCGUGUCAAGCAAGAAAGCAGCAGCCCAGAUCCCAAAUGUUAAUCAAAUGUUAAAAACAUCAAUCGAGAGCUCACAUCACUCAAAUUAG